AUGUCACAUCAGGAAAAGGUUAAGUUACCGACGCUUGAUUUGCCAAAAUUCGACGGUACGUAUUCGCAAUGGUUAUUAUUUCGGGAUACAUUUUAUGCUUUAAUCGAGUGUAACGCGGAUUUGGAGAACAUACAGAAGUUUUAUUAUCUAAAGUCAUGCUUAUUGGGAAACGCCGCUCAAUUAUUGCAAUCAUUAGAGAUGUCGGCUGAUAAUUAUGUAAUCGCGUGGGAUUUAUUGAAGUCACGUUUCGAAAACAAGCGAUUAUUGAUACACUAUCACAUUCAAGGUUUAUUCGAAAUGAGCUCUUUGACUAGGGAAUCAGGCACGCUAUUGAGAAAAUUGAUAGACGAUACGCUGAAACAUCUCAGGGCAUUGAAGACACUAGGUGAGCCAGUAGACAACUGGGAUAGCCUCGUCAUUCACAUGAUCGCAUCUCGACUGGACAAUGCUACUCGACGAAAAUGGGAGGCGAGCUUACAAGACAAUAACGUUCCGAAACUGCAGGAGCUCAUUCAAUUCUUAUCUAGGCAGUGCGCAAUCUUGGAAACGUUGCAAUCCGAAAAAGCAGCUCCCAAACCUCAAGCAUCAGGAAUCUCGAAUAAAAAAAGCGAUAGUGUGGCGUCGCAUGUUAGUCAGAGCGAUUCAAAGGGUUGCAUUAUUUGUCAGGGUCAACACGCGCUUUAUAGUUGUAAUACGUUCAAGAGUUUAUCUACAAGCGAUAGGCGAAAGGAGGUUAAGCGGCAUCAAUUAUGUUUCAACUGCUUACGCGCAGAUCACAUGGCGAAUCGAUGUAUCGCGGGCGGCUGCAAGCAAUGCGGCAAAAAACAUAAUACAUUAUUGCACGACGAAGAAUUCGGAUCUAAGGCUGUAACGACAAACGAGAAGGAAAAUUUAGAAGCUUCUACGAAAGGAGCUAGUUCAAAUGCAGUAUUAACUGAGUCGAAACGGACAGACAUAUCAGCGACAUAUUCGGUAGUUUCGACUCAAUCAAAGCCCAAUCACCAAGUAUUGCUUGCAACCGCUCCGGUCACGAUGUAUGACAAAUCGGGCAAGCCGCAUAAAUGUAGGGCCUUUUUAGAUGCGGGAUCGCAAACAAACAUUAUUACCGCCAGUUUAUGUCAACGCCUUCAGAUAACCGCGCAAAGAAGUAGCACAUUUUUAUCAGGAAUAGGGUGCGGUCGAGUCAACACCUUAGAGUCCACGCAUGCAGUUAUACAUUCAACGGUUAACGAGUUUAAGAUCGAAUUUCCCUUCGUAAUAAUGGAGCGCAUAACGGAGCCUAUGCCCUCGAUAAAUUUAGAUAAGGCACUGUUAAAAAUUCCCGAGAAUAUCGAGAUCGCGGACGCAUCUUUUGGAACACCAGAAGACGUCGACAUUCUAUUAGGUAGUGGCAUUUUCUGGGAUUUACUCUGCAUUGGACAGAUCAAGCUGGGACGAAACCUACCUGUAUUACAAAAGACGAAAUUAGGAUGGAUUGUCGGAGGUAACGCGCCCAUAGCUCACGGUCAAGAAGAGACGAAAAGAACGGUCCUUAGCGCAAUCGCCGAGGAAACGGAGUUGAGCCAUCAACUGGAACGUUUUUGGAACUUGGAGGAAUGUAUGCCCCAAGCCAAAUUUUCGAAAGAAGAUGAGCAUUGCGAAAGGGAGUUUAGAGACACUUAUAGAAGAGACGCUACGGGAAGAUUUGUGGUCAAGCUCUCAUUUAGAGAAGAUUCUAGCGUUCUGGGAGAUUCAAGAGAAACAGCCUUGAAGAGACUGCGUUCAUUACAUAGACGAUUGAAUUCCAAUCCAGAUUUGAAAGAACAAUAUGUUUCAUGCAUGGAAGAAUACAUAUCCUUGGGACAUAUAACCAAGGUAGAUGAGGAGAUCAACCGCAGGAGCCCUUACUACUAUUAUUUGCCACAUCAUGCCGUAGUAAAAAAGGAGAGUACCACAACGCGACUAAGAGUGGUUUACAAUGCUUCCAGCAAGACAUCAACGGGCAAAUCGUUGAAUGACAUUCUGAAAACGGGGCCAGUAUUACAACAAGACAUAUUCGUUAUUCUCAUUCGAUUUAGACAGCAUCUCUAUGUAAUAACAGGAGACAUAGAGAAAAUGUACAGGCAGGUCUAUGUGGAUGAGGGACAUCGAGAUUUGCAAAGGAUCUUCUGGAUGAAGGAUUCGACAGCAUUAGUAGAAGAAUUCGUGUCAAACGUACUCAUAUUUGGUAUGGCGCUAGCAGUAUACUUGGCCAUACGAUGUUUAAAGCAAUUAGGGUAUGACUGUCAACAGGUCUUACCAGAAAUCAGCAGAAUAAUACUCGAAGAUUUCUACAUAGACGACAUGAUUACCGGAGUAGACGACAAGGACGAGCUUAAGAAUAUUCAGUCAAGGGUCAGCGAAGUACUUAAUUCCGGAGGUUUCAGGAUGCGGAAAUGGAGAUCCAACGUCAGCGAGAUAACAAGCAGCGAGACUUCAGAUGAGCAAUCACUGGGAGAGAGAGUCAAGACAUUAGGACUCUAUUGGCACCCGACAACCGACACACUAUCGUACAAGGUAGAGUUGCCGAACAAUCGUCGUAUAACCAAAAGGAGCAUCUUAUCAUUCAUCGCGCACAUUUACGACCCGCUGGGACUCAUCGGUCCUGUUUGUGUACAAGCGAAGAUCAUUCUUCAAAAGUUAUGGCAGUUGAAGCUUAAUUGGGACGAAUCGUUGCCAGCCGAUUUGCAUUCAGCUUGGUUGCGCUAUUACGGUUCGUUAUCAUCAUUGCAAGAGAUCAUUAUCCCAAGAUUAAUAGUGGAUGCUACUUACACGAAACUCGAGAUCCAUGGGUUUUGUGAUGCCUCAGAAGCGGCCUCCGGAGCGUGUCUGUAUUUAGUAUCAGACAAUCUAGGAGUACGGACAAGUUAUCUCAUCUGUGCCAAAUCUAGAGUGGCGCCGUUAAAGAAAAUCACAUUGCCAAAGUUGGAGCUAAACGGAGCUGUAUUGUUAGCUAAACUAAUGGACAAGACUGAAAAGGCAUUAAAAGUUAUCAAUACAGGAGAAGCAUUAUUGGUGCGAUGCAACUAUUAUUCUAGCCUGGAUUAA